AUGAGCGGCGCUUUCUGCGGCGCGCGUGCGCAGGUGGAAUGGGAGUUUUGGACCAACAGCAACGACGAGUGCGGCUCGGUGUGCGACACCCAGCAGCGCUUCAUCUCCGCGUUCAAAGCGUCCGGCAAGCAGCUGCAGAUCAAGGGUCUGGUGGACUUCCGGCCGCACUACCUGAUCUGGGUAUGCCAGGGCACGGACACCAAGGAGGAGUGUGACAGCCAGUGCAUCCGGGGAGGAGCGUACUGCUGCCCGGACCCCGAUGAUGACAUACACGAGGGCUACUCAGGGGCGGACGUGCUCAAGAUGAACGUACGCUCGCUGUGCUUCGCGCGGGUGGCGCGCGAGCGCGGGGAGCCGUGGCUGUGGUGGGAGUUUGUCGACAAGCUCGGGGCGGAGUGCCGCAUGAAGGACAAGCUGUUCACACAGGAGUGUGCGCAGAAGGUCUUCGACGCGGUCGCCGGCGACAACGUCGGCGGCCCCGACGGGCGCACCGCGUGGGCCAAAUGCAGCGACGUCGGCCCGCCAAACGCGACAGGCUCGAUCCCCAUGCUGGAUGAAGAGCUGGCCGCCCAGACCGGCGACAGCGGCGAGAGCACUGUGGCGAUCCUGCCGACUGUCCGCAUCAACAAGAAGCAGUACAGGGGCAACCUGGGGGCCGGCAGCGUGCUGCGCGCGCUGUGCGCGGCGUUCCCCACGGGGUCGGAGCCGGCGGUGUGCACCGAGACGUGGGUGUCUGAGGACGAGUGCGCGGAGGGCGGCGACGGCUGGAGGGCCUGCAGCAGCGGCCUGAACUCGACCCUGGGCCGCACCAAGUGCAUCAACACGUUCAAGGGCUUCACGUGCGAGUGCGGCCCGGGCUACAUGCGGGUCACGGACAAGGCCAGUGGGCAGGAGACGUGCGCCGAAGUGAACGAGUGCCUGCUGAGCAGCAUUCCCUCCACGCGCCCCGACUGCAAGUGCCCCCGCUGCGUGUGCACCAACACGGUCGGCGGCUUCAACUGCUCCGGCCCAAUCCCCGAGUACUGCACCGCGGAGCAUGACUACGGCGGCUGCUGGAAGGGCACGUACGGCGGCCGCCUCUACCACGCCUGCAGCGACAGCCUGCCCGCGUUCAGCCCCAGCCCGCUUGGCACCCACUGA